AUGUCUAACCCGUCUCAUCAAGAUUACUCGCGUAGACAUCAAACACAGAGAGACAGAGAUCGUAAUAGAGAUCAUUAUACGGACCCAUAUCGCGAUCUUGAUAGACCCUUAGAAGAUCCUUAUCACGAUCGUCGCAGAUCUCGAGACCGUCGUAGAACUCCGGAAAGAAAUAUUCGAUACAGAUCUCGCUCUCGCUCUCCUUUAAACAGAAGAGGACGAAAGUUAGAUCGGGCUGUUGUAAGUCCUCGUGGAACUGAACGCGAACGAGAUCGAAAGGAUGAAAGAUUUGACCGUGAUCGAAAGAUUAAAUCGCGUUCGGGUUCACCGAGGAGAGAGGAUAUGAAUAAUUCUUCAGCAGAUAAUUCUAUAAUGCUUAUAGAUCCAGAUGAAGAUCCUGAUCAAGCAUUAAUGAAAGCCAUGGGUAUCGCAGGGUUUAACACCACUAAAGGUAAGAGAGUUGUGGGUAAUGAUAUAGCUGCAGUUAGCAUUAAAAAACAAAGACAAUAUCGUCAAUACAUGAAUCGACGUGGAGGUUUUAAUAGGUAA